UAUCUAUGUAAAUAUUAUCUUCUAUUAUCUAUACUGUUGUCACGAUUUAUCCUUCAUUUGAUAAUUUACCCUUUUUCUAGGUUCUUACCAUGAGCCAUGUGUCUAUGAUUAAAGUAAUAAAUAUUUAAAUUAUAUUUCAUCACAAAUUAUAUGAUGAGAUAUAUAUGUUGAAUAAAAUUAUUAUUUCUUUUUCGAUCAGCUUUAACCCAUACAGUUUUUUAAUAUUAUUAUUUUAAGAAAAUUGUACAUUAAAAAGUGCACGCUUUAUCUUUUUGCAAAUAGGUAUUCACUAAUAUUAUCAUGUCUUUAGCAGAACCUAGAAAGAGAAGAAAAAAUCCUAUGCACAGCAUCAAUUUGUCUGAACCAAACCACUGGACGAAUGGUAUUUUUAAUAUUUGUAAUAUCUUAUAUAACACAUUUCUUUUUUUCCUAAUACCAGUAAAAUAUCAAGUAUAGUUAUAAGUAUCAAUGAAUACAAUAAUAUUUUCUAUCAACUAUUAUAAAUUACAAGAAGACUAAUUAUUGUAUUAUUAUAAACAUUUUUUUUUAAAAUUUUAGAUGAUUCAAAGUUUGGGCAAAAGAUGCUUGAAAAAUUUGGCUGGACCAAAGGGUCUGGUCUUGGGAAAAACCAGCAAGGAAUAUCCGAAAACAUUCGAGUUCAACAAAAAGUUACUCCUACAGGUAUACAGCUAGCUUGACCUUAAUUUAUAACUAGUUUUAUCAUAUUUUAGAUUCUAAGUGAUGCUAGAUGACUAUUGGUUUUAUUAUGAUGUGUUUUUAAAAAAUUUGGAUUUUUGAUUUCCGCCUUUUUGUACUUAAUUUGAAACAUUAAGCCCAUCUAUAAAUGUAAGUCAAAUAAUAUAUUAAUUUAAAUUAUUUCAUGGAUUUAAUAAACACUACAUUUCUUGAUCAGUUAAAUAAAUAUUAUAAAUUGUACCUAUUAUUUUAAAUAAAUUUUAGUGUUGUCUACUUUUCUAUGUAAUUGUGUAACCUAUAGUUAAAUUAUUAUUAUAAUCAUUUUAUUUCUUAGAGAUGCUUGUAUAAACAUUUUACUAAUUACACAAGUCAUCUGGAAAUUGAUAAUAUUAUAUUUCUUUUCUACUAUAUGUUUAUACAAAUCUAUUUAAGUUAAUCAUUUAUACUUUUAGGUUUAGGGUUUGUUGCACACAAUGCAGAUGAUUGGUUUAAAGCUGGUGAAGACUAUUCACGGUUGUUAUUACAGUUAUCAGAGAAGUUUGAUCAGCCUACAAUACCAUCUGAAACAGGUGAUGAUAUAAACUUAAAAAAAUCACUUGUGGAAAAUUCUUUAAAUUCCAAAUCAAGAGUACAGUAAGUUAAAAUUUUAAAAAUAAAGAAUAGGUAAUAUAUAUUUCAAUUGAAUAUUUUUUUAAUAUAAUUAAUGAUAUUUUUCAGUUAUCACAAAUUUACAAAAGGAAAAGAUUUAACACAAUACAAGAAACAAGAAUUAGCAUGCAUAUUAGGCAAAGGCAUAAAGAAUGAAGAUAAGAGUGCAAAGGGUUUAGAUAUGAAAGAAUACUUUAAAAGCAAAAAGGAAAGUAAAACAACUAACCAGGGCACAUCUUGCAGUACUGAUUCUCAGAUUAUUAUUGAUGAUGAAAGUAAAGGAAGAAUUGCUAUUAAGACAGACAUAGGAUUGAAAACUGAUAUUCAUGAAAUUAAUAUCCCACCCAAAAAAAGAAAGCGUGAACCCAAACUGUCAAAAAAAACAGAUAUUAUACCAUCUAAUGAAAAAUAUAAUAUAGAAGAACCAAAAUUAAGUAAAAAUACUCAAAAUGAUAACCAUGUUAUAUUAUGCAGUGCAGACUCUCUGGUUGUUAUUAAUAACAAAAAUAAUGAAAUAGAUUCUGUUAAGAGUUGCAUAGAAUUGAAAACUGAUAAUGGUGAGAUUAAUGUUAGUCCAGUAAAAAAAAAAAAACGUGAAUCCAAACUAUUAAAGGAAACAAGUAUUAUAUCAUAUAAUGAAAGUGAUAAUGUAGAAGUACAAAAGAAAAAAAGAAAAGAAUCCAAAGUUAUCACUACUGAAGCAGUUCACAAUGAAGAAAUAAUACCAGAUAAUAAUUUAGCUGAUGUAGAUAAUUCCAAAUGUGAAUACAAUAACAAGGACAAAAAGACAACAGUAAAAGAAAUAUAUUCUGAACAAUCAAUGGCAAUGGCACAAGAUUUAAUAGAGAAUAGUUCUGCUGGUAAAAAAUAUUGUAAAGAUUUAAAUAUUGAAAAUAAUCAUUUGUUUGAAAAGAAAAUAGAAGAGUUUGUUAAUAGUAUUAAAUCGAAAACUCCAACUACAAUUUCCACUGAAAUAAAACUAUCAGAUAAAGAAAUGUAUAAUAAACCUAAACCUUUAGAUCCAAAUGAUAAAAAUUUUGUUGAAAAAUUUGAAUUAAAAAAACUGGAAGUACUUAAUAGUAUAUCAAAACCCCAAGAAAAAAAUAAGCACAUUAAUGAACGGUCUUUAUUCAUCGCUAAACAUGGAGAUAUAUUAUUUUUUGGUAGUAAUUUAAAUGAAAUUAAAGGUUAUAGUGAAUGGUGAAUUAAAUAUUACAAAAACAUGAUUUUAUUUUAUUUAUUUUUGAGUUUACCAAUAAAUCAAGAAUAGAUCAGUAUGAUAAAUGUAUUUUAUUUUAUACUGUAAUAAAUUAUAAUAUGUGUUAUAUUUUAAUAAAACAUUUUUAAGUUUUUUGUAAUUUAUGGUAAAGACAAAUUAUAAUAAUCAUUAUAACCGCAUAUAUCAUAGUUCAUUUUUAAGGGG